AUGGUCCGUUCUAAUGGUCCGUUUGAAUUUCCCGCGCCAGUCGAUGCUGGUGCUAUUACCUGAACUAGGGUUGAUCCAGGAGUUUUGUGAUGAACGGUAUAAUGACACUUUACUAUGAUCGUAUGGAUAAAUAUGUAAGGUGCCCUCGGGGUCAGGUGUGACAAGGGACCGUAAGUGAAGUGGCCCCGAGGUCCAGGUCACUGACAUCCCGUUCGCAGCUACGAUGUCCAAGGCGUCUCAGGAAGAGGGGCCUUGCUACAGGUUUGACCAGAAUUCGCAGCAUCACAGAUGCAGAGAAUGCGAACCGCUAUACGCAGCUGCGUAGCUAUUACUUCUUUUGACGUUUUUACACCGUCAGGUCGCACUUGUUUGCUCAGUGGAGCACGUCGCGAAUUCCGAAAUCAGAAUGACACGGACCAUCUUCGAGGAAGUAUUUUUCAUCGUCGUAUGGUUCAUCUUCUUGUACAUACUUUCUGCAGGUUCAGAUAGCUUCCUGGUCCAUCAUCCUCAUAGGCAAAACCCUACCCCGCUAAGAAGUUACCCUAGUCCGGAAGUCGAUCUGAACGCAUCUCUGGUUGCUGCUGCAGCUGCACUGUCAUCCACCGUAAGAAAUUGUACCGCAUCCUCAAUGAGGAAUCAUCGGUGAUUCAAGCUUCUUGUCAAGUUGGGUCAAGUACUUCUUCCAGUGCCCUUUUACGAAGAUGCUCCAAGAUGACGUGGACUUGUGGAAACAUGCGUAUCGUAGUAGGAUCUUCAAGUUAGGAAUAAGACUUCAUCAAGCUAGAGAGGAAGGUUCCUUAACCCGCAGUGGAAAACCGGCUCGACGUAAACGGAAGAGGAUCCAGAAGGAACGCAGUGGGCAUAAUACCGCGAAGCCAGUGGACCAAGAUAGAGAAGAGCGUCCCGACGCAAUGCGAAUAUGGCGAACAGCUUCAUGGGAAAAGUUCGCGCGGGUCUUGCAGUCUGGCCUGAGCAGACGGGAGAGAAUAAGAAUGAGGGAUGGAACUGAAGGAGAGACGUCGCAAAGGUCCGACGCUCGCGUUCAUCGACCCAUCCAGCAUCCGCGGAACCAGGAGCCAAUAGAAUCAUCCCAGAAGACGAUUAGGUCCCGUCUGAGUGUUUCAAUGAUUUUUCUUAGGUUAGGAUUCACAUCACGGAGUAGCCUCUUGCGCAACCGACCCAAUUGAACUUCACCGAAUAACUUCAGCCAUUGGUUUGGCUUUGUUCGACUAUUCGAGCGUGUCUAAAGCGCCGGACCAUGACGAGGCUUUCAGGCCCUUCGCCCUUGAGGCCCCCGGACCAAAUGGGACCCUCUAUUCCUGCUCAGUAAUUACCCAGACGACAUCCCCGUCAGCAGACAGUGCAAACCACCACUGCUCUGCUGCUGGCCAAAGAAUCUUAGAAAAACAUGAUGUCAAAACCACUUUA